AUGGAGUUGUUGAUGGAAGCUUCGUCGAGUCCGCUCACAGAUCUUUCACCAUCAAACGUGUCAAAACGCAUCUUGGCAGCAUCUCAUAAACCACAAGGGGCUGCAGACGCACGGAUCUUUCAAGCUUCUGAAGAUUCACUAUACUACUUUUAUGAAGCUACACUUCUUUUGAGAAUGCUUGGUUCGAAGGCUCCUCACCACAGUGCAAACCACACCGCAGGCAAAAGAUCCUCGUCUCCUUGGCACAAAUUUUUGGACGAAUUUUCCUGGCUCGGGGAUUCCGAACUAGGUGGCAGCAGCGUGAUAGCGAUCGCGGUUGAGGAGAAAGUCACAGGGCUACAUUUCUGGGUGGCUUCGAACGGACACGUGAAAACAAAGACUUUCGAUCAUCUUACUUGGUUGCUGGAACAGCUACAGAAAGUAGAGCAGACUCCCCAUUGGAAUCAACAGUACCUCGUGCAGCAAAUAUUCGCUUGUUCGAUCGACCAAAGUCGGAAGAAAGUCUGCAAUUAUGCCCGUCGGCUAUUGAAGUUGGUCACGCGUGUUCAAGCAGCGGGAACGGAUGAUCUCUCAAAUUCAGGUGAGUUCAACUAUAUUGUAUGCUAUAAAGUUGUGCAUGCACUGACCAGUUGUCGAGACCGAGAACUCUUCAGUACAUUGGAACAAUUAGUUGCCGUUCAUGCUGAUCCCCUUCGUCUGUGCGCGAACGCCUAUCAGCUGCGGCGGACACAGUCGAUGGUCCAGCUCAGCGACAAGUGUCUGAGAGAUGGGGACUUCUCUGAUUGGUCUUUGAUUCGCCAUUACGUCGGUCGACUGGGCUCUUGGAUGAAAGCAGCACGAACGGUGGUCUCUUUUGCCAGACAGGCACCGGACGUCUUCCGCGAACUGCAAAUCGAAGCCGUCCCAAACCCUCUCCCAUCUGUCAUAAGGUGGACAAGACAGCUUUCGACUGUUGAGGGCGUCCUCCAGUAUUUGUUUCCUGCCUUCAAAUCCAGUCCUCCCGGCCAAAGUUUCAAGCCACUUGCAGAAUCUUACCAAGAGUUCGUUACUCGAACGCUUCGAUACAAAGGUGACCAAGUCGAGUUUCGACCAAAGGUACAUGCCGAAGCCUUGAUCGCAGAUCACUUUUACCGUCACGAUCUCCGUUUUGUCAAUCAAGAUCGAUAUAUAGGCUGCAGACAAUUCGUGGAGCGGCCUUGCCAUGGUAAUACUUGGAUUAAGUGGCAGCCUCCAUAUUUCGGGGACAUUGGAGCUCGGAAUUCGUCGCUUAUUUCCGCACAGACACUGACGCAUAUGAUGAGUGAUAUCGGGGACGAUAUCAGAAAGAGAAUCAUGGCUGGGGGCGAGACUGGAAGGCGCCUUCCUGAUUCAGUCACAGGGCUUUCCACCUCGAUCACACACUCGAACGAGCCUGAUGGAGGGAACGCCCUGUCUAGACCCGUCGAAGGGGUGCUCUGA